GCUAUAUGUCGUCGAACUUGUUCAUGCGAGAGGCUUUAUACACCGAGAUAUCAAGCCUGACAAUUUCUUACUGGGGAGACCGGGAACGCCGGCUGCCAACAAGAUACACCUUAUCGAUUUUGGCAUGGCCAAACAAUACCGGGAUCCGAAGACUGGGCAACACAUUCCCUACUGCGAGAAGAAGUCGCUCGUGGGUACUGCGAGAUACAUGAGCAUCAACACACACCUUGGGCGGGAGCCAUCGCGGCGAGACGACCUAGAGGGAGGGACCAACGUUGAAAAGGGCCCCGGGGAUUGCGAAUCGGGUUGAGAUCCGGCGAGGCGGCGCGGAGUCGUGGGGUGGCUGUAAUGCGGCGUCGGUCGGCCAGCCCGGUGAGGUUGUAAUCAGUGGGGUAUUGCGGAGAGUCAGAGCUGUUUGAAGCUCCUCACCUUCCCCAGGGUGGUGCCGGCUCCACACUUCUGGUGAUGUGCAGAUGACGAUGCCAAAUGUAUGCUCUCCGGCCCGUGGAUGUCUGCGCCCACGUCGGGCGUCAUGAGAACACGGGCCCCGAAAGCCUCAGAAGCUCAGCGGGUCAAAACACAUGGAACGAACAUGUCGCUACAGGUCUGGACGGGAUGCCUCAAGAAUGGAAUAGCUACUUCUCAUUGACUUGUUUCUAUGACGAACUUGCACCGAGCAG